UUUCACGCGUAUCUAAGAUCACCGAACAGGAAAUUGCAAUCGACUCUACUUCCGUGGCUAUGAUAGGACACAUUUAUGUCGAGAAACUUUCCCCUGAGCCAACCCCGCCGAACUCACCACUUCCAAUUAUUUUCAUGGCAGGCGCGGCUCAAACCGGCACCAACUUCCUUGAUACUCCAGACGGACGGCCAGGAUGGGCAACCUACUUUAUCUCCAAAGGUCACACAGUCUACCUCUCAGACCAGGCCGCACGCGGUCGCUCUUUCUGGUUCCCCGGACAGGGAAAUAUUGGGUACAUUGGCUCCCCUGAUUCUGUCUCUGAUCUUUUCACCGACGUAGCGCACAACGAGAAUCCAUGGCCACAGGCUAAGCUUCACACGCAAUGGCCUGGCACUGGUCGCAUUGGUGACUCAACUUUCGAUGCUUUCUACAGGAGCCAGAUGCAGUUCCAGACCGACCGCUUCAUAAGCGAAGAACAAAAUGCGCAGGCGUAUUCAGCCCUCGUCGACCUCGUAGGCGACUGCUAUAUAAUCAGCCACUCGCAGGCUGGUGCAUAUGGCUGGAGGGUGGGAGAUAUGCGCCCAGACCUAGUCAAGGGUAUUGUACAGCUCGAGCCGUCUGGUCCACCGUUCACGCUCCGCCCGCCGUUUGGAAAUAACCCGGCUUUCGCGUUUGGUCUCACGGACCUCGCAAUCGGAUACGAACCUUCUGCAGGCAAGAACGCCGAAGAUAUUCAGACAAUCAUCGAGCCAGCCUCGGACGUCAACCAUGACGAGUGCAUAAUGCAGAAGUCCCCAGCCAAGCAGUUGAUGAAUCUGUCCAAGAUCCCAGAACUUGUUGUUACAGGCGAAGCUUCCUUCCAUGCGCCAUACGAUUACUGCACCGUCAAGUAUCUGGAGCAAGCUGGCGUAGAUGUUGAGUACGCGGAUCUAGGCAAAGAGGGUAUUCAUGGCAACGGACACAUGUUAUUCAUGGAAAAGAACAACCUUGAGAUCGCAGACCGGGUGUACCAGUGGCUGAAAAAGCACUAA